AUGUCCCUCCUCGACUCCCCCGCUACAAAACACACCCUCGCACCGCUCAAGGCGACCUCUCUGCCGUCUGAGGCCUAUGUUAUCUCUAUAGUCUCGCUGCCGUCGUUCUACGCGUUGUCCGCGUCCUCGCCGGACAAUGCAAUCCAUCUGUUUGACAAGUCGCGGCUGGACAGAGUGCGCACUAUCGCCGGACAUGAAGCGGGAAUAACAUGCCUGCGCUCUGCGUCCAACUUCGCGGGCUCUACAUCCCCAAUUCUCUUGUCUUCUGGAAAAGAUGGAGUGAUCAAGGCUUGGGAUGGCCGCGAUCCCGGAAACAGUCCCAUAAUGACCGCUCUUACUGGGCUCCGGCCUCAUGCCCUUCUAUCCUGUGACAUCUCAGUUGACGGCACGGUGAUCGCUGCCGGAACUGAGCUUCAAGGAGACGAUGCAUCUUUGCUCUACUGGGAUCCGCGCAGCCCCGCUGCACCCCUUCGGAUACACUCAUCCACCCACUCCGACGACAUCACCGCCGUUCAUUUCUCGAGAACCUCUCCAAGACAUCUGCUGUCCGGAUCUUCCGAUGGGCUCCUAUGCACGUCCAACGCAGACGAGGCUGAUGAAGACGAGGCUGGCCUCCACGUCGGCAAUUGGGGUUGCGGUAUUGCCCAGGCUGGUUGGAUACAUACGCGGGCAGGUCCCCCAGGAAUCUGGGCAUCUAGCGACAUGGAAACGUUCAGCGUUUGGUCUGGAGAGCUGGAUUUGGUACAAGACACCGACAUACGUAAACCUUCCAUUCAUAGGGAUGACGAGUUUACUUGGGUAACGGACUACUACAUCGGGGCGCACAACUAUCAUACCGUCCCACAAGGCCUAGACAACGAUCUCAGCAUGUUCGUUGGGUCGAACGAGGGAGACGUAGCGCUGUUGACUCGCUCUACCUUGAAAGACCCAAACGCGCCUUGGGUACUGUCUCACUCAUGGCAGAAAGGGCAUGUAGGGGUAGUCCGAUCAGUGCUGUGGGACGAAGAGGUGACCUCGCAGAUUCUCAUCCGUGUCAUCAGGAUCACUCAGAUGCGCUCACAGAAUAACAUCCUCCUUACCGGCGGCGAAGACUCCAGGCUGAACGCAUGGUCCGGUCCCUCAGCUUCUCGCUUCUUCCUCGGCAACGAUGAGCUCUCCAGCCACAGCAGCAUGGAGCACGACGACCCCAUGGACAUCGACGACUCCGCCGACGGACCGACGCGCAAGAGGAGACGAUCGGGGUAG